UCGACAAAUUUUCUCUACAUUCUUCUUCUUCUUCCUUUUUCUCUUUUCUCUGGCCCUAAAGGUUCGAUUUUUUUGCUUCUCUGAGAGGGUGGGUAAUCAAUUAAUCAUGGACGCCGUGGCUGCGAAUUUGGUUCAGUCGUCCAUCUCACUACGUCAAUCGCCCGAUAAGUCGAUGUUCUUGACGCCCAACUGUCCUGGCUUCAUGCGAUUCGGCUCCGGACCUCAAUUUCGUCUCAGACAAAAGUCUUCUAGACCAUUGCAAAGCCGAACUAGUAAUGUGAGCUCUCGGAGGAGUUUUGUGGUUAAAGCUUCAGCUUCUUCUGGUGGUGAUGCUUCUACCGAUUCAAUCGCGCCACUUCAGUUGAAGUCUCCUGUUGGGCAGUUUCUGUCACAGAUAUUAGUGAGCCAUCCUCAUCUUGUUCCAGCAGCUGUUGAACAGCAACUUGAACAGCUCCAAAUCGAUCGAGACGCUGAGGAACAGAUCAAGGAUGAUUCCUCUGUCCCUGGAACAGACAUUGUUCUCUACAGGAGAAUUGCUGAAAUUAAGGAGAAAGAGAGAAAAAGGGCUUUGGAAGAGAUUUUGUAUGCUUUAGUGGUUCAGAAGUUCAUGGACGCUAAUGUUUCACUUGUACCAUCCAUAACCUCAUCAUCUGCUGAUCCUUCUGGUCGAGUUGAUACUUGGCCAACUCUAGAUGGGGAACUUGAGAGACUUCACUCGCCUGAGGUUUAUGAGAUGAUUCAGAAUCAUCUUUCCAUCAUCCUCAAAAACCGCACUGAUGAUCUGACAGCAGUUGCGCAGAUUAGCAAACUUGGAGUUGGACAGGUAUACGCUGCUUCCGUGAUGUAUGGGUAUUUCCUGAAGAGGAUCGACCAAAGGUUUCAGCUCGAGAAGACGAUGAGGAUUCUUCCUGGUGGCUCAUAUGACGGUGAGACUAGCAUUGAGCAAGCAGGCCCAGAAACAGAGAGAAGCUUCUACGAAGAAGCAGAAGAAACCUAUCAGGCUGUAUCCUCGAACCAAGAGGUUGGUUCAUUUGUGGGAGGUAUCAACGCUAGUGGUGGCUUUAGCAGUGAAAUCAAUCAGUCCCGGUUAAAGACAUAUGUUAUGUCCUUUGACGGAGAAACCCUUCAAAGGUACGCUACAAUAAGAUCAAGAGAAGCUGUGGGGAUAAUUGAGAAGCAUACAGAGGCAUUAUUUGGGAGGCCAGAGAUAUUGAUAACGCCACAAGGCACAAUUGAUUCGUCGAAGGAUGAGCAUAUCAAGAUCAGCUUCAAGGGAUUGAGGAGGCUUGUGUUGGAGGCUGUGACGUUUGGAUCUUUCCUCUGGGACGUGGAGAGUCACGUAGAUUCAAGGUAUCACUUUGUACUGAACUGAAACGGUCUUAUGUGUUUGGUGAGGAAUGGAUGUGCCACAUUAUUUGUUCUUUGUAAUAUAUGCAACUGUGAACUGACCAACUAAUAUUUGUUUCCCUAGAAAUUGAGUUUAUCAAUACCCAUUUUAUUGGUAAUGACCCAUUUUAUUUGUAAUGAUACAUUCGCAAUCAAUUUGUGUUAUUCUUCUUA